CCGAACCCCGGUGCUGUGGGGUGCACCUUCUACGGGCACUCCUUCCGCCCAUGUUUGAGGUUCGGGACCGGAUUCGGCUGUGCUGAUGAGCGGUGGGGCUGCGGGUCGAGAAGAGGAGGCUACUGGUCGACAAGGGAAAUCUGCGAUGGACAUUGUACCGAGGCGUAAAAGGUCUGGUGACACGUCCGCUGCAGGUGUGGGAGACGAGGUGUCUGUCGUCGACCACAAAAACAAGUGGUGGAUGUUGGACUGGGUGGGUGGAAUAGGGGAACCCUCGGGUGGGCUGGUUUUGUACGUGGUGAUCAAAGAUAACAUUGUUCCGAUUGGCGGUGUAGUGAAGUGGAGUGAAGGAAAUUCACAGUUCGCCAUGUUGGAGUUGACGAUGGUCCUUAACGCUAGAGGUGAGCGGAUUGCGAAUGUCAAACACGUUGCUCUUCGUUGGGCCAAACACGCUGGGUACGGCAAAAGGCUUUAUGACAUUUUCAAUCCGCCUGGGAAGGAGAAAUUGACGUUACCGGACCUUCGAUCGGUUUUCACAUUCUUCGACAGACAUGUGGUCGCAGGGCAUGAGCCGGUGGUGCAUGCUUCCGACCGCAUAUCUGAACCGAAAAGCGUGCUUUCGUCGUCUUUGGAGGCGGGUCCGUCGUCGAAACCGAUCAUUAUAGGUGUCCGCCCUCCGCCAUCAAUUUGUACUACGGUUGCUGCAACACGAGUUCCGAAAUCAGGGCAGAUCGGGGAAAAAGGUCCGUGUUGCGGCCAAAUCGUGCCGUCAGCCCCUGUGAAGCGUAGACCGACAUCAACCAAGGAACCCGUUUCCUUGGUCCGCCCGCCGCGCUAUGAGUUGGCCAUUCCUGCUGGGUCGCAUUAUUUUGGAGAUGACGACGAGGAGAACAGCGAAGAAGAAUGGGAGCGCGAUGAAGAACGCRAAGAAURUGAGGAGGGUGRCGAAGAAGAGGAAGUAGAGAGUGAAYAMACAAUYAGCGAGAGGGGUGGGCCGGRCGAGUUGGAGGGUYGUCUAGGGGUUGAGUAUGAGAACGAAGGGCAAGAAGAGGAAACGAYCGKCGAGGGAGGGUAYGCAGAUUUCAUUUCUGUCAAGUUGGACAAGAUUCUGGAUAUGCCUGAUGAGGAAUUCAGAUAUAAUCAACGCUUCCUCGAUCAGGAGCUUAUUGGUGACCUUUACAAAACAAUGGUUGAGCCGGGUGAGGCAGCUAUCAGAGAGAGAACGACCGGGGCAGCCGGGGUGAAUGUAUGUGCAUUGUACGAGAAGCCUGUCCUUCUGUUAAUUGGGCUACAUGAUACAAUGCAUACUGACGCUUCCGGUACGAAUGUGAGGGCGAGAAGAGUGACGCCCCGCGAAUUCGAUCUCCAAUCCGUGCGCAAGUACUACUGGUAUCCUCUCAGUGGUCAACACAAUGUUGCAGCGGCGAGGAAAUGUUCUCAAAAACGCCCUGACAUCGCCUGUGAGCUCCGUUUGGAUUGCUGGACUGCAAGGCCUGUUUACUAUCCGGAUAGGAGCAUGGAAAAUUACUGCACCUUGAGCACUUUCCAAAAUGCGAAGGACAAAUGGAAUACUCCUCCGCACCAGAUUGCUAUCAUUAAGAAUAUACGAAAGUUGUGGCAAGCAGUCGGUCGUCCAGAAGCUAUAGGCGGAUCUGUUGCAAACGUCAAAAAUAAGGAUUACAGAGAGUUUGCGGCGAUGGCUCUGCGCGCGACCGGGAGUGAUCAUUUGGUUACUCUUUCACUUCAGCCUUGGAGCAAGGAGUGGUCCGACGUCCUCGGGCCUUACAUGAUAUUGGCAAGGGCGACGGGCGAUGUGUUCGAGAAGGUGCAACAAGUGUAUUCUACUUGGGAGAGUGGACAGUCGCCGGGGAGAGAUGGUGUGAAGCCUGCCACCAAACAAGGUGAAUCGGGGAAAGCGCCGAGACUUGGCCCCGGAUUCGAGUUGGAAAAAGGAGUCAGGGUUCCAGUGCACUGGAUUCAGGGUACUAGAGGACCUGGUUACCUCGUGGCUGUGUGCGAUCCGGAUGUCAGAUCAUGGAAGGUUACGUCUACGUUGGGGAGGCGUGAGAGGUUGCAGCUGUUGAGAGACAUUCUCACGGGAAGUGUCGUACUGGCUCCAAGGCUAAGUAAAGCUGCUAACACUGCCGGGAAACAUUCGAUGGAGACAUACGUGGAAAUGGUGAAGCAGGAAAGAGCAAUGUUGAGAAUGUUUCACUACUUCAUCUUCAUUUCUGACCCUUACAAGAAGUCGUUAGAGUGGAAGGAACCAUUCUUCGACAACCUUUCUGAUUUGUUCGCUAGGUAUUCUGAUCAUGGAUUGACAUCGGAGAGGUGGAUCGACCAGCGACGACAUUUCAAAGAAACGAGUUGGGUGCGGUCAUUUCCGACUACACUUGGAGGCGAGGAUAAGAAAGGAGAGGAGGGCUUCAAGAAAACAAAAUCGCUUGCAAAUAAAUGCCCCGAAGAGUUCAUUCAAUUUGUCAACAAAUUGUUGCGUAGAUCUGAAACUGGGGGUUCGCAUAGCAUUCGUAUGUCGGGACAAGCGAGAUACAUACAUUUCCAUAAACAUGACGUGACAUCUGUAUUUGUGUCGUUCCUGUGGGAACCGAGCGAUGUUUCGGACGAGAUGGAUUGCAAGGAGAUGUUUAGAGCCGUCAGACACCUGACGUGCCACACAGCCGUCCUUGAUUUGUGCCGCCCGACCCAGAUGGGUGCGUGGACUGAACAAGUGUUUGCUGGACUCAAGAAGUUCAUGGACAAACUUGGCGGCAAGUAUUGGACAUUGUUGUGCUUCGUUCCACGCCCUUGCGAGUUCACAUUCUUGAGGCGAGUCGCGAUGUGGGACAUUCAAUUGGAUCUUUUCAAAUGGACUCGUCUACAACAAACAAAGGGGAAAGUGUAUAAGGUUGCAAACUUGCAUUUGGAGGACACAGACAGAAUGGUGGUCAUCAUGUACUCCAACGACGGGUAUUUUCAUUUCGACACCAUUUCCUUGUUUGAAGAUAUUCAAGCUGCAGGUCCAUCAUCUGCCGAGCGGGUGGCUGACAUAUCGACACUUGUGCGGAGAGAGAGAAAGCCGAAGAUGUUGACUGAUGUCGUGGAGAAGAACUUUCUACCAUCAAAGUGGAAAAUGGCAGGUAUGAAUCCACCGGAGAAAGUGGUCUAUGAUGGUAUGGAAAGGGAGCCGAAUGAGAUGGUGGAGACAUUGGAGCAUUUUUGUCCUGCGGAUGAGGCUGUCGUUUUCCUCAGGAAAGGUCAUGCAGGAUUGGUUUGGGAGUUGUUAAAGAGUUACCGUCAUUGCAUUGCGCUGGAAGGGGAGGGUAUGAAGUUCGAGUUCCUCAUUCAGUUCAUUGACAAGAUGGUCAAAACUCGAGAUUACCACGCCAACUUUACUAAGCCGCCUUCUCGACAUGAUGAAGGGCGUGAUCUCGUCUACAAGGUUGGCCAAAACGUGGUCAAUAUUUGGGAGUUUCUCUUCGAAACAAAGCCGCAAGACAGAGGGGAACGUACUUAUGUCCUCAGAAGAAGAAAAGUGGAGAAGCUCUUGAGGGGUUAUCAUAAAGCACCAUCGGAGAAGGAGGUUUCAUUUCUCGACCACUUGGAGACCAUGUACUUCGACCAACAAAUCGGGGCGUUUACAAUCGCAGGUUAUUCGACUUGUUUUGUGGAUGGUGAGGACUUUGAUGCUGACGACUCAGAAGAAGAGAGUGUUGAUGGCACUUUGCAAGCGGCUUUGGCAGCUGAGAGGCAAAGAGCUUGUAGCCCGGGUUCGCAGAGAAUGGGUGUUCCAGGCACAUCGUCCGGUUCUGGAGGAGCUUCGAGCAUGGCGGUUUCAACGGGUCAGUUAACGACUCAACCGUCGACUUCUUCUAUUGUUACGCCGACUCAGAUGGCGGGCAAUACGAUGACGGUGGCUUCCAGAGGCAGUCUGGAUCCGAGUGUUCUAGCAAUGCUCUCCCCAGAGUUGGUGGCGACUCUGGCACCAUUUGCACACAGCCCAAGUACUAUUAUGGACUUGUUACGCUCUCGAACUGCACAACAACCUCCACCUGAUGAGCCUUUGGAGUACCAGAUCGAAGACACAAUCCCUGCAGACAUUCGACUGCUUCCGGGGUCUAUAGUGUGCCGAGACGAUUAUACGGUGACGGAUGAUGCCACAUGGGGGCAUCACAUUAUAUGGCACCCCCAACACUUCCAACCUGCAUUGGCGAGAGGGAGAUGGGUUAUGGCUAUAAAAGAAGAAGGGGAGUGGCAGUUUUGCCUCCACAGACGUAUGUCAGGAUCAAACUUUCUGAAACAUGCCAAAAAUCAGAUUGCCAAGCGACUUCAGCGUCUUAAUCCGGACGUUUCUCAAUCAAGACUAGAUGAAAGAACAGAAGAAAUUUUCCAAGAGUUCAAAACAUCGCAGUGGCUUGAGUAUCUGGAAGAGUUCUAUGAUAGACAAACCAGCCCGGCUUAUGGAUAUUAUUGGCAUGUCAGAGAAGAUCUURGGGAGAGGAAAAAAUCAAGCGGCAGUGGUGACCAUGGCAAGGGAUCCGGAUCGAGCGGAGGUGCGCAUGGCAAAGGAUUGCGAUUGGGGAGCGGUGCAAGUGACAAGGGUACGGAACCGAAUGACGGUGCAAGCGGCAAGGACGAAAGUCAUGGGGAACGGCAACAAACCGAAAAGUCUAAGGGGCGUCAAGUAACAGAAGGCAAGGGAUCAACACCAAGCGGCGGUGGGCAUGGCAAACCUACAGGACCAAACGGCGGUGGUUCAACUGUCAAAGGGUCUCAGGGGCCUCAAGAGACAGAGCGCAAGGGAUCAGGAUCGAGUGGUGGUUCAACUGUUGAAGGGUCCCACAGUCGAGUCGAACACGACAGUGGCCUCACAUUGGAGCGUUUCCGGCUUGACCGAGCGAAGAGUCACACGAUCGAGUCGAACCCGAUAGUGGGAUCAGAAACGAUCGCCGGUGCGACUGGCAAGGCUUCGGGACCUCGAUCGGAAACGAUGGCCGGUGCGACUGGCAAGGCUUCGGGACCACGGGGGGGCAGUACAACUAUCCGCGGUGCUUCACCUGUCAAAGAGUCACGCGGUCGUGUCGAACACGACACUCGUCCAGCAGUCACUGUCGAGUCGAACCCGACAGUGGGAACGGGAUCAAUCGUCGGUACAAGUGGCAAGGCUUCGGGACCAAUCGACGUUGUUUCACCUGUCGAAGGGUCACACAGUCGAGUCGAACACGACAGGGGUCCACUAUUGGAGCGCUCCCAGCUUGACCAAGCGGAGAAACUCGUGGUUGAGUCCAACCCGACACAACAACGGGGAUCGAUUGUCGGUGUGAGUGUCAAAACUUCGGGACGAAAAGGCGGUGUGAGUUGCGAGGGCGUGAGUACAGCUGACCAAGUUUGGACGACUACAAUACUAGUGGGCGACAGUGUCGCGAUGAAAGUGGAUAUUACUGGUACACUCACGGAAUUGCAGAUGCCGUCGUCGACAAUGAAGGCCGAAGUAAGCGGCAAUUUCCAGGACACUUUUGAGGGCGUAAAGGAGGAAGAAACUCUCCAUGUACAGGGCAUCGAAGAGGAUGAAGGACAUAUAGUCCUUAGUACACCGGAGCAAGUUGUACUUGUACCACCUCAACAAACGCUUGAACAACCUGAAACACCACAGUCUGCUAACCUCAUGAUAGCUAUCGAGGAAUCUCCUAUUGCGCCAUUGCAUAUGAAGAAAAACUGAGAGUUAGCCAUCGAGGUGAGCACUUUCUUAUCUUAGGAGCAAUAUCUAAUACUAUAUGCGGAUUAGUGGGUACAUC